GUCUUCCUCUUGCACCCCUCAUUGCGGAGGCUAGCUCCCCCAAGGGAUCCCUCGCGUAUCUGCUCGCAAUGCCUCCUCCGCGCACGUCCUCAUCGCCCCACCGUCCGCAGCUUUCUCUCGUCCUCCCGAUGGUCUUCCGGCGUUGGUCCGAGCCAACCUGCGGCCUCCACCCUGAAUAAGUCCUAUUUCUCGUCGAAUCGAGACAAUGAUGGUGCCGGUACCAAGGACGGCCUUCUGGCGUCGCUAUCCGCUGCCAAUGCCGCACGGGAAUCGUCAAACCCCGCCUCGUCGCGUACGGCGGAGACCACGGAUGGGAGUGCCAAUGGCCCGGAUACGGCGACGGCCGAGCUGCCCCAUCGUCGAAGGAAACGCUUGAAGGAGGAAGAAUCCGCUCGCCAGGGCCAAGAUGAUGCAGACCAUGUAAUCCCGCCCGAUGCGUCGGCACAACUGUCCAAUAUCUCCUCCGCCCUUCCCAAGUCCUCCCUCCGUCGCAACAUGGCCGCCUACCUCGCCCUCACCAAACCCCGUCUCUCCAUCCUGAUCGUGCUCACGACCACCUCCGCCUACGGCAUGUACCCGAUUUCGUCUCUCCUGACCCUUGACCCGUCCAUCGCCCCGCUGCCGACCCUCUCCACCUCCACCCUGACCUUCCUCUACCUGACGGCCGGUACGUUCCUGUCCUCGUGCAGCGCCAACACCCUGAACAUGAUCUUCGAGCCGAAGUACGACGCCCUCAUGUCCCGCACGCGCAACAGGCCUCUUGUCCGCGGACUGAUCUCCCGUCGCGCGGCCGUGGUCUUCGCGAUCGCAACCGCAUUGGCAGGGUUGGGCCUGCUUUACUUGGGCACGAACCCGACGGUAGCGGCCCUCUCGGCAAGCAACAUCUUCCUGUACGCCUUUGUCUACACGCCGCUGAAACGCCUGCACGUCAUCAACACCUGGGUGGGCGCCAUCGUCGGCGGUAUCCCCCCACUGAUGGGCUGGGUCGCCGCUGCCGGCCAAACAGCCACCCCGGGCCACGACACCUGGCGCGACAUGCUCUUCAGCGAGGACAGCAUCGGCGGCUGGCUUCUGGGCGGCAUCCUCUUCGCCUGGCAGUUCCCGCAUUUCAACGCCCUCUCCCACACCAUCCGCGACGAGUACCGCGCCGCAGGCUACAAGAUGCUCUGCUGGACCAACCCGGCCCGCAACGCCCGCGUCGCCCUGCGCUACUCCGUCCUCAUGUUCCCGAUCUCCAUCGGCCUCUGGUGGGUCGGCGUCGUCGGCCACGGCUUCCUGGUCGGCAGCUCCGUCGCCAACGGCUGGCUCGCCAAGGAGGCUUACCACUUCUGGAAACACCAGGGCGCCCACGGCACCGCCCGCGGCCUCUUCUGGGCUAGUAUCUGGCAGCUGCCCAUCCUGCUGGUCGGCGGUCUGGCCACGAAGAAGGGCCUCUGGGAUGGUGUCUGGCGGAGUGCGUUCGGACAGGGGGAGCCUGACGAGGACGAGGACGAGUACUUGUACUAUGAUGAGGAGGAGGAGCAGUCGCCGUCGGUCACAUCGGCUGCUUAAGUGUGUU